AUGAUACCCCUUCGAUUCCUCCUCAGUGCCGCCCCUGUCCUUGCCUCCGCACAUGAUUUCUCCGCACCGCCGGACAGCUCCAGACAGCAAAACCCUUCGCUCGUAACACGCGGCGAAGGAUUCUUCCGCUCCCCGCUUAAUGUGCUGCCCAACCCAGCGCCACCAAAACUGAUCCGAGGCCGACAAAAUGAAGUUACCAUUGAAAACCAGUUCACCGGAACCCGCUACGGCGUCGACAUAGAGGUCGGGACACCCGGGCAAAAACUGACGCUGAUCCUGGAUACUGGCUCGCCAGACACUUGGGUGAACCCAACAUGUGACACUGCCAAUGUGCCUGACGACUGUCGAUCGUUCCCGGUCUACGACUGGAGGAAGAGCUCAAGUCUGAACGCAACGCGCGUGACCGACAUCCUCGUGUAUGGGAAAGGGAAUGCGACAAUACAAUAUGUUAGAGAGAGUGUCAAAAUUGGAGGGGCCACGGUUAGAAACCAGGUCAUCGGCGUAGCCUUCGAGUCCCACGACAUCCCCCUGGGAAUCCUUGGCCUCUCACCCCCUAUUCGAGGAUUCAACGAGUAUCCUUACAUUCUCGACACGAUGAAAGACCAAAAGUUGAUCAACUCGCGAGCCUUCAGCAUGGAUCUUAGAACCGUCGACUCCCCCGAGGGAGCGCUCAUCUUUGGCGGCGUGGACACUGGAAAAUACAUCGGAUCUCUAGCCAAGCUCCCUAUGCUGCCUCAGAACCAAACUCCAAGGGGAGCGGACAGAUACUAUGUCACCAUGGGCGGUGUGGGACUAACAUACCCCGACGGUCUAGUCGAAAGAUCACAAGAGCUUGAAGUCCCUGUUUUCCUCGAUUCGGGCGGAACACUCAGCCGACUUCCCCGACGAAUCUACCAAGCCUUCGCCUCCAGCUUCGCAGACACCCAAUACGACCCCUCAACCGGUUUCUAUUUCCUCGACUGCAAUGUUGCUGAUCUGGAAGGCUCCAUUGACUUUUACUUUGGGGAUAAAGUGAUCAACGUGCCCUUCAACGAUUUCAUCUGGCACGUUCAGGGGUACUGCGUGCUGGGCGUGCUCCCAGAUGACGACGGGGAGCCGGUGCUGGGAGACACCUUCCUGCGAGCGGCCUACGUGGUGUUUGAUCAAGACAACAGAAACUUGCACCUGGCUCAGGCGGCGAAUUGUGGAAGCAACAUCAUUGCCAUCAGCACGGGGCCAGAUGCUGUGCCCAGUGCGACAGGCCGGUGCACGGCACCGCCUCCAAGACCGACGUCUGGGAACAAUAAUCUGGAUGUCACUGCUGAACGGGGCCCUACGGCGACCUUCACCGGUGUGGGACCCACAGGUAUCGAUAUUGGGCCCGGCCCAGUGGCCACAAGGGUGAGCGGGACGGGCCCGCUGGGGAUCAACCCAACCGGACAGUCCAAGGCUUAUUCUCUCAAAAUCGAUGUAUGGAAAGCUGUCGUGGGAGCUUUGGUGGUGGGGUUAAUCAUGUAG